GGGGCGGGUGGCGCAUCACAGGCGAGGAGGCAGGAGGCGCAGUCUCAUUGUUCCGGGAGCCGUCGCCACCGCAGGUCCUGCAGCUCGCUCGGCCGGGCCCUGUCUGUCCUCCCCAGCCCCCACUGCCCGCGGCUCUGAGGAGAAGCGGCCUCGGCGGCGGCGGCAGCUGCAGCAUCAUCCCGACCCGCCAUGGAGGACCUGGACCAGUCGCCUCUGGUGUCCUCGUCCGCGGACAGCGCGCCUCGGCCGCAGCCCGCCUUCAAGUAUCAGUUCGUGAGGGAUCCAGACGACGAGGAGGAAGAGGAGGAAGAGGAGGACGAGGACGAAGACGAGGACCUGGAGGAGCUGGAGGUGCUGGAGAGGAAGCCUGCGGCGGGAAUGUCUGCGGCCCCGGUGCCGCCCGCCCCCGCGGCCGCCGCGCCUCUGCUGGACUUGGGAAGUGACUUCGUGCCCCCUGCGCCUCGGGGACCCCUGCCGGCCGCUCCCCUUUCCGCCCCGGAAAGGCCGCCGGCGUGGGACCCGAGCCCCGCGUUGUCGGCCGCGCCCGCGCCAUCCCUGCCGGCGGCUGCCGCAGUGUCGCCCUCCCGGCUCUCCGAGGACGAAGACGACGACGACGACGACGAGCCCCCUGCGCGGCCGCCCCCGCCGCCCCCCGCCAGCGUGAGCCCCCAGACCGAGCCCGCGUGGACGCCGCCCGCCGCGCCGCCCGCCGCGCCCCCCUCCACCCCGGCCGCGCCCAAGCGCCGAGGCUCCUCGGGCUCCGUGGAUGAGACCCUUUUUGCUCUUCCUGCUGCAUCUGAGCCUGUGAUACACUCCUCUGCAGAAAAAAUUAUGGACUUGAAGGAGCAGCCAGGUAACACUGUUUCGGCUGGUCAAGAGGAUUUCCCAUCUGUCCUGCUUGAAACUGCUGCUUCUCUUCCCUCUCUGUCUCCUCUCUCAACUGCUUCUUUUAAAGAACAUGAAUACCUUGGUAAUUUAUCAGCGAUAUCUCCCGUGGAAGGAGCACUUCAAGAAACUUCAAAUGACCCUUCUAAAGAGUUCUCAGAGAAGGCAAAAAAUCCAUUUGUAGACAGAGGUUUAACAGCGUAUUCUGAACUAGAAUACUCGGAAAUGGGAUCAUCCUUCAGUGGCUCUUCAAAAGCAGAAUCUGCCAUGUUAGCAGAAAAUCCUGGGGAAGUAAGAGUUACGAAGAGUGAAAAGGACGAGUUAGUUAGCGAUGCCAUUCCUCGUAAUCAAGAGGAAUCAGCUGUGGCCUUUACUAGACUGGUUCAAGAGGAUGACAAAGGAAUAUCACCAGAAAAAACAAAGGACAAUUAUAAUGAAAUGGGACUUGCAAUAGCAGCACCCAUGAGGGAGGAAUAUGCAGACUUCAAACCAUUUGAGCAAGUAUGGAAAGUGAAAGAUACUUGUAAGGGAGACAGGGAUGUGUUGGCUGCUGGAGGUGAUCUAGAAAGCAAGCUGGAAAGUAAAGUGGGUAAGAAAGAUUUUGCAGAUAGCGCUGAGCAAACAAAUCAUGAAAAAGGCAGUGAAAGCAGUAACGAUGAUGCUUCUUUUCCCAGUACACCAGAAGCUGCGAAGGACAGUUCAAGAGCGUAUAUCACAUGUGCUCCCUUUAACCCACCAGCAACUGAGGGCACUGCAGCAAACAUCUUUCCUGUGUUGGAAGAUCAUACUUCAGAAAAUAAGACGGAUGAGAAAAAAAUAGAAGAAAAAAAGGCUCAAAUUAUAACAGAGAAGACUAGUACCAAAACAUCAAACCCUUUCCUUGUGGCAGCACAAGAUUCCGAGACAGAUUAUGUUACAACAGACAGUGUAUCAAAGGUGACUGAGGAAGUGGCGGCAACCAUGCCGGAAGGCUUAACUCCGGAUUUAGUCCAAGAAGCAUGUGAAAGUGAAUUUAAUGAAGCCACAGGUACAAAAAUUGCUUAUGAAACAAAAAUGGAUCUAGUGCAAACAUCGGAAGCUAUGCAGGAGUCCCUCUACUCUGUAUCACAGCUUUGCCCAUCGUUUGAAAAGUCUGAAGCGACUCCUUCACCAGUCUUACCUGACAUUGUCAUGGAAGCACCGUCAAGUUCUCUAGUUCCUAACGCUGGUGUUUCUGUGGCACAGCCUGGUUCACCACCCUUAGAAGCUCCUCCAAUUAACUAUGAGAACAUAAAACAUGAACCUGAAAAUCCCCCACCCUAUGAAGAGGCUAUGAAUGUAUCACUAAAAAAAGCAUCAGGAAUAAAGGAAGAAAUUAAAGAGCCUGAAAGUAUUAGUGCAACUGUUCAGGAAACAGAAGCUCCUUAUAUAUCUAUUGCAUGUGAUUUAAUUAAAGAAACAAAGCUCUCUACUGACCUGAGUCCAGAUUUCUCCAACAAUUCAGAAAUAGCAAAAGUUGAAAAGCCAGUCUCUGAUCAUUCUGAGCUAGUUGAGGAUUCCUCACCUGAUUCUGAACCUGUUGACUUAUUUAGUGAUGAUUCAAUACCUGAAGUUCCACAAAAACAAGAAGAAGCUGUGAUGCUCAUGAAAGAAAAUCUUGCAGAAACUUCAUCUCAGUCAGUAAUAGAACUAGAAAAUGUGGGAAAACUCAGUGCAUUACCACCUGAAGGGGGAAAACCAUAUUUGGAAUCUUUUCAACCUAAUUUAGAUACUACAAAAAAUACUCUGUCGCCUGAUGAAGUUUCAUCUUUGACCAGAAAGGAGAAAAUACCUUUGCAGAUGGAGGAGCUUGACACUGCAGUGUACUCAAAUGAUGACUUAUUUAUUUCUAAGGAAGCAAGUGUAAGAGAAAAUGAAACAUUUUCAGAUUCAUCUCCAAUUGAGAUUAUAGAUGAAUUUCCCACACUGGUCACUUCCAAAACUGAUUCUUCUAAAUUAGCUAGUGAAUACAGUGAUCUAGAAAUACCCCACAAAAGUGAAAAUGCUAGUGCCCAGGACAGAGCUGAGUCAUUGCCAUGCUCAGAAAUGCCCCAUGACCAUUCUUUCAAGAACAUACACCCUACAGAUGAAGAUAAAAUCCUUGUCUCAGAUGAGUUCUCCAGAGAUAGGCCUGACACAUCAGAGGUGCCCUUACUGCCUCCAGAUAUUCCUGCUUUGGCAACUCAUACAGAGAUAGGUAGCAUAGUCAAACCUAAAGUUCUUGUGAAAGACACUGAGAAAAAACUUCCUUCUGAUACAGAAAAAGAGGACAGAUCACCAUCUGCUCUAUUUUCAGCAGAGCUGAGUAAAACAUCAGUUGUUGACCUCCUCUACUGGAGAGACAUCAAGAAGACUGGAGUGGUGUUCGGAGCCAGCUUGUUCUUGCUGCUGUCGUUGACAGUAUUUAGCAUUGUGAGUGUAACAGCCUACAUUGCUUUGGCUCUGCUCUCUGUCACUAUCAGCUUUAGGAUAUAUAAAGGUGUGAUCCAAGCUAUCCAGAAAUCAGAGGAAGGCCACCCAUUCAGGGCAUACUUGGAAUCUAAAGUUGCUAUAUCUGAGGAAUUGGUUCAGAAAUACAGUAAUUCUGCUCUUGGGCAUGUGAACUGCACCAUAAAAGAACUUAGGCGCCUCUUCUUGGUUGAUGAUUUAGUUGAUUCUCUGAAGUUUGCAGUGUUGAUGUGGGUAUUUACUUAUGUUGGUGCCUUGUUCAAUGGUCUGACACUACUGAUUUUGGCUCUGAUUUCACUCUUCAGCGUCCCUGUUAUUUAUGAACGACAUCAGCCACAAAUAGACCAUUAUUUGGGACUCGCAAAUAAGAAUGUUAAAGAUGCCAUGGCUAAAAUCCAAGCAAAAAUCCCAGGAUUGAAGCGCAAAGCUGAAUGAAAAGGCCCUAAACAGUGAACACUGUUCACCCAGAAAGGGGGUACUCGUUUGAUUACAUGGGGGAGGGCCAGGGAAGAAUGACACUUGGACGUCGCAGUGCCGGUUCACCAAUCUUUAUUUUUAGCAAUGCACUGUUUGAGGAAAAAUUACCUGUCUUGACUGCCAUGUGUUUAUCAUUUUAAGUAUUGUAAGCUGCUAUGUAUGGAUUUAAAUUGUAAUCAUGUUUUCCUGUAUGAGGCACUGGUGAAUAAAACAUGAUCUGAGAAAGCUGUAUAUUACACUUGUCGCAGGUAGUCUUGCUGUAUUCCGGGAAGUCGCAGAGAAGGUGGAGCUGACAAACAGCCCUUUCCACAGUUUGUGCACUGUCUGGUCUGUGUAGAUGCAGGUUUUCUGAAAUGAUGUUUAGACACGAUCAUAGCACUAAGGCAGGCAUAAAAGCGCCUGCCUUUCUGGUAUGUUCUAGGUGUUUUGUGAAUUUUACUGUUAUAUUAAUUGCCAAUAUAAGUAAAUAUAGAUGAUCUAUAUCUCUGUAUAGUUUCACAAAGCUUAGACGUUUACCUCCCAACUGCCCUAUCAUGCUUGAUACUUCAGUCAUUGGUUAUUCAUGUGUAGUUACAAAACACAUAAGCUAGAAAGAGGAAGUAUUUUCUAGGAACAUUACCAUCUGUUUUCACCAUGAAACAAUGCCACAUCGAACUCCAGUACAAACUUCAUUGCACAAACUUAUUGUAGUUAAUUUUAUCACGGACUUGAUCUAUGGACUGAAUCUAAUGCUUCCAAAAAUAUUGUUUGCAAAUAUCAAACAUUGUUAUGCAAGAAAUAUAAACUGAAGACUUAUACCAUUGUGGUUUAAGCUGUAUUGAACUAAAUCUGUGGAAUGCAUUGUGAACUGUAAAAGCAAAGUAUCAAUAAAGCUUAUAGAGUUAA